AUGGAGGAGGAGCGUGGUAAUGGUAGUAGUAGUAGCAGGAACUUGGACACAGGGAAGGCCGAGAGCCCGGUGUGGCUGAUGAAGUGCCCGGUGGUCGUAGCCAAGUCAUGGAACUCUCACAAUCCCUCUGAUCCCCACCCUCUCUCCAAAGUCGUCCUCUCUCUCGAUCCCCUCCACGCCGACGACCCCUCUUCCCUCGAGUUCAAAAUGGAGAUGGCUGGCAGCAGUGGGGCUGCGAAUUUGCCUAAAAGUUAUUCCUUGAAUAUGUUUAAAGACUUCGUUCCCAUGUGCGUUUUCUCCGAGACAAAUCAAGGCAAGGUUUCUAUGGAAGGGAAAGUAGAGCAUAAGUUUGACAUGAAGCCCCAUGGUUCAAACAUUGAGGAGUAUGGAAAAUUGUGUCGUGAAAGGACAAACAAGUCAAUGAUCAAGAAUAGGCAAAUACAGGUGAUUGACAAUGACCGAGGAAUACAUAUGAGGCCCAUGCCUGGUAUGAUUGGCUUGAUUUCAUCCACUUCCAAGGAUAAGAAGAAAACUCAACCGGUUAAACAAUCAGACAUGAAAAGGACUAGAAGAGACCGUGGGGAACUGGAGGAUAUCGUGUUCAAGUUAUUUGAAAGACAACCAAAUUGGACUUUGAAGCAGCUUGUGCAAGAAACCGAUCAGCCUGCUCAAUUCUUGAAAGAGAUACUGAAUGAGCUCUGCGUGUACAAUAAAAGAGGAACUAACCAGGGUACUUAUGAGCUUAAGCCGGAGUACAAGAAAUCUGUUGAGGAUACUGCUGAAUAA